CUGGUAGGGUGUGAAACCCCGGCGUCAUCGCUGUGACUCAGCUGAACUCCGGGAGCUGGAGACUGGGGCUAGGAGUCGGUGAGCUGACAUUAACUCGUGGGAGGGAGGAAAUAGCCAGGCCGGGCCGGCGUCCCGGGACCGGGACCGGGACAGACCCCGCAUCUGUACAAGCUGUCCCCGUCCGUCUCGUUUCUCUGCCGAGGUGAAGGGAUCCGGUGCCGGGACCGGGAUGGGAGCUCCAGUACCUGUGGCCAGCGAGAAGACAGUCGACAUCUACCGGGACACCUGGGUCCGCUUUCUGGGAUAUGCCAACGAGGUUGGUGAGUCAUUCCGGGCACUGGUCCCAGUGGGUGUGGUCUGGGCCAGUUAUGCGAUUUCAACUGCUUAUGUGACGGCUGAUGCAGUGGACAAAGGGAGGAAGGCGGCUGCUGAUCACGGUGAUGGGCCUGGAAAGGCCACGAGGGUCGGUGUGGCGGUGGUGGACACUUUCAUCUGGCAGGCCCUGGCGUCUGUGGCAAUUCCAGGGUUCACUAUCAACCGACUGUGUGCAGCGUCCCUGUUUCUCCUAGGGAAAACCACGCGGUGGCCUCUGCCCAUGAGAAAGUGGACAACCACUGCUAUCGGGCUGUCGGCCAUUCCGGUCAUCAUAACCCCCAUUGAUAGGUCUGUGGAUUUUCUUUUGGAUUCCACGUUACGAAAGUUGUAUGGAACCGAACAACAACACAAGCCAUAAUAAAAGCCAACUGGAUUGGAACGUGAAGAUUGAUGUACACAGUAGCUUUAAAUACCAUUGCAAGGCAAUGAAUGGUUCUCCAACUGUGGAACCUUGUCUCCAUUUUUCAAAGAAUAGACCAGAGGUGAAACCCCACCUUUAGAAAUCAAGAGCCAGGUGCUUGUGUAUAUAGUGGAUGUCUGCUACCAAAGUAUAACAAAAUGUGCCUUUUCAACGUGUACUUGGAGAAAAUAAUUAUCAAUGGGUGAAUAACUUUGCAGAAAGAGGUGCUUCAUUUAAAAAGGUAUCAUGUUUGUAUCACAUUCAAAAUAAUGGGAUGUCUAGAUUUGGUUACUUUGAACUAUUUAAACAAAUAAUUGCCAGAAUUUACUUUCCAAAUAUCCACGUCAAAGUUUUAUACGAUCUCCUUUUGUCCGACACUUCAGAUGCAUCCCUACCUCUACCAAGUGUGGAUCAACUCGCCAAAGUAAAAAAAAGUUAGCCAUUUGGCUUGUUCCCUAGAAAUGUAGAACAACUCUGUGAGGCAACUUGUUUAAAGAGUUGGAAUUAAAUUGUGUUUUCAAAUCAUUAUAUUUAGUUCAUGAAAUUUAACAAGCCGUUUCCCAUUAAGUGGAAACACUGAUAUCUGGUGAGAUUGUUCAGUAUGUUUUUUACCAUCCUUUUACAUUAACCAACCUGUUCCUUUAAACAAUUCACAGACUUUAACUUCUAAUGUUCAUGCUACUUUCACAAGGCAUGCUGAGACACAAGCCUCCAACUGUACUGAUAGUAGAUUACCACUUAAGUGCACAAUUUAAUAAUUUAAAGUGGAAACUAUGCACAACAUUGUGACGCUGUUGUAAAAUGGAAAUGAACCGUUUCGGAUCCACCAUUGUCCUCUAAAUGGUUUGCACGGGUCAUGAGGAACCAGCUUACCUUUCAUACCACAAUAAAAUUGUAAGUAAUAUACCU